CACUCAUUCGCCUUAUUUCUUUACAGCUUUUGUUACGAAGAACAAGGCAAUAGUCUAAUUAUUCUAAAUUAUUGCACAGUCAUUGUGCGGCCACCCCAAGGUAUGACUAUUGCACUUGCGAACCGUCUAAACACAGCAUCUGCAGUUCAAUGACACUGCCAGUUAAAAUCAAUACUGUCGCCGCGGGUGCCUCCUUUCAAUGGGUUUCAGUGCCUAUAUUCAAUGUUUCAUUUUCUGUAAACAAAAAUGGUCGAUUCGAGAAGAUUCAACUUAAGGACAAUACCGAGAUGAAAACAGGUAGGCUAUGAAGUUCAUUUGCCAUGUCUAAGGCAGCGGUGAAGAAGCUGCACUGGCGCUCCAAGGUGCUGGAGACCUUCGUCCCUCUGCUGGGCUCCUCUGGGGACCUGGGUGUGGCCGUCGGAGGCGGGGCUGACUAUGGAGAGUUCCCAUUUGUCACCUCCGCUCCUGGGGGAGGGCUCACAGUUGGCGAUGUCAUCCUAGAGAUCGGAGGAACACCUGUGCUAGGAAUGACGCUGGGAGAUGUCCGUGGUGUCCUCAACUCCUGUCCCCAUCCUGUUCGCGUCAAGACUGUCUCCCCAGGCUCUACGCUGUGCCGGGAUCUCAGGUUGUAUUUGAGCAAGUGUUUCACACCAGGCUCCAUGGACAGCCAGCUGCAGCAGGUGAUUCGUGAGAACCUCUACCUCCGAGCAGUUCCCUGCACAACCAGACCGCCAAGGGACGGGGAGAUCUCUGGGGUGGACUACAACUUUGUCUCAAUCGAGGAGUUCUUUGCCCUGGAGGAGUCAGGAGCUCUGCUGGAGAGCGGCAAGUUCAAAGGGAACUACUACGGCACCCCCCGGCCGGUGCACAUCGGCCCAGAGAGCCCCCCCAUCACCUACCAGGAGCACCGCAAUCUGCUCAGGAACUUCCGCACGCGCAGCAAGUCCCUCAGCAACCUGGAGAAGGCUGCAGACGAGGGGGACGACAGCGAGGAGGACCGUGGCCUGGCAGGCAGGUGUCCCUCAGACAGACUGCUGCGGGGCUCUGCGGGCAUCAGGGGUGCGCCUCCUGCCCCCCUGUCCUCCCCCAGGGGCUCCAGUGGGGGGGAUGGCUGUGCCAUGGAGAAUGAGGGCAGCAGCAGCAGCAGGUUGCAGGCAGUGAUGUCCGAGAACUGGGAAGUGGCCUUCAGUGAAACAGGAGAGCCUUACUAUAUAGAUCACCACUCAAAGACCACCAGCUGGCAGGAUCCUCGAGCCCAGAGGAGAGAGUCGGUGGACACAAACGAAUGGUUUACAGCCCAGCCGGCAGAGCUCAGAGGCUUCUCCGUCCACACGCGGCUCUCCAAGGGCUCCAGGGGCUUCGGCUUCAACAUCGUAGGGGGCAGCAGACCCAGGGAGUUCCUCCAGGUCUACAGCGUCACUCCAGGGGGGCCGUCUGCACUCAACACAGCUGACAUCCUGGUCUACAUCAACGACACGUGUGUGCUGGGCGUGUCUCAUAAAGAGGUGGUGGAGAUGCUCAAGUUGGUGCCUGUGGGCCACAAUGUGGACGUGGUGGUGAGGAGGGGCUACCCCAUGCUGUACAACCCUGACGGCUGUCCCAAGCAGCCCCCUCCAAGGCUACCGGACAGCAGGGACCCCCUGCCGCCCCCCACAACCACGCAGCCCCAGCCUCUGCACCAGCGCCUACCUGCUCUCCUCCCUGCGCCGUCCCCCUACACCUCUGCUCAGCACCUCAACCUCAACGGGGUCUACCAAGGUGGCUACAUGGGUUUAGGAGUGGGGUCGGGCUUGGAUGCCAAUGGAAAUGCCCCCCUCCUAGCCCCCCGACUGCCCGCUCCCUCCUCCAGGCGCUCUAGUGCCAGCUUGGCACCCUCCACUGCGCCCUCACGCCCACCCCGCUCCCUGAGGGGCCUUCCCAGUCUGCAGCCCCUCGACAAUUCCCUGGGUUGCCAGAGUGACAGUGAAGUGGUCUCCGCCCUCGGCUCACACAGGGCAUCGAUGAUUCGUAACCAUAACAACAACACCCUGUCAGCUCCCCAUCAUGCCCAGCAUUACGGUAACUGCAAGUCCUCUGAGAGUGACCUGUCCACCUGCACCCUCCCCGUGUCAAGGCUGCCCGUCCCCCAGUCCCCCCGGAGACCCUCCUCCUCACUCAGGGGGCCUAGGGGGGCUUACUCUCGCCUCAUCAGACCCCAGACCCCUCCCACCCCUGACAGCCCACAAAACUCCUUCAAUGGCUACCAUGGCAACACCAGCGGCAGUGCCAGCCCCAGCAGCAUGUCAUCUCCGGGAGCAAUGAGUUUGGGUAGUGGGGGUGGGGGUGGGGGUGAAGGGGAGUUGGUGCCCGUCGCCCUGGCCCAGAAUGAGGGGGGAAGGGGGCUGGGCUUUGGUGUGACCGCGGGGGGCCAAGGCGGCCAGCUAGCUGUGGUCAAGAGGGUGUGGGACAGGAGGCAAUGCUCCUCCCUACAGCCAGGAGACGUCAUUGUCAAAAUCAAUGGAGCUGACAUCCAGAGUCUCAGCUUUUCACAGGUUCAAAAGGUCCUUCAGGAACACACCAAACUAGGAGAGGUGGUCUUAUUGGUUUACAGAGGGGGCACCUACCAUCCUUCCAUCUCCCCCAACUCCAUAAGAAGUCUGCCCCCACCUCUCCUCCGCCCCCCUCCUCCCCCUGCAGCCUCCGACAACCCUUCCCCACCAGCACGCACCCAGCCACUGUCACGCACUUCUGCAACUCCCCAUGCCCCCGGCCACACCCCUGGACGGGGGCACUCCUCCCUGGUCCAGAGCACCAGCUUCCUGGAGUCUGUGCCUGUUACCCUCACCAUGGAGCCCAAAGACUGGCAGAGUGUGGGUCUGGAGGAUGAGGUAAAGAGAGGGGCAGCGGCCCCUGUGUCAGGACAGGAGGGAGUGGGACGGGCGCGCCUGCCCAAGGGAUUUGAGGUGGAGUUGAAGAGGAAACCAGGAGAGGGCUUUGGAUUUGUCAUCGCUUCACAGGAUGUGGAGAACGGCAAGGCCGCUUCCCUCCUCCCUCACCGGUUUGUAACGGUGCGUCGAGGCAGCCCGGCUGCCCGGAGUGGUCAAAUCCGCCCUGGUGACCGGUUAGAGGCAGUGGAGGGACGGUCGGUGCUCAACCUGCCACACCGGGAGCUUGCCCACAUCCUGCGGCGAGCUGGAAACACUCUGCGCCUCACCAUCGUCCCCCGGCCCAGCACCUACUCCUCUAGCCUAUCAGAGUCCACAGACUACGACCCUAAUCACAGAAUCAGGAAAGGUCAUCGGUCUCGGCCCAAGCAUGACUGUAGGUAUUACAGCGUUGACCUGGACCGUGGCCCAACAGGCUUUGGCUUCAGUCUAAGAGGGGGAAGUGAGUACAACAUGGGCCUGUAUGUGCUGGGACUGAUGGAGGGAGGACCUGCCUCACGGAGCCAUAAAAUACAGGUGAGUGACCAACUGGUGGAGAUCAAUGGGGACAGUACGGUGGGGAUGACCCACAGCCAGGCGGUGGAGCAGAUACGCAGGGGGGGGCACCGCAUCCACCUGGUCCUCAAGAAGGGCAACGGUUACGUCCCUGACUAUGGCCGUGAGCGCAGAGUCACCUCCCCUCCCCGCCCACAGCCCCCCGAGGAGCAGGGUCUGGCUGCAGUAGGCCCCACCCACAGAAGGAGCCACCAAGCCAAGACCAAGAGAAGAGGGCGGUCUUCACAGGGGCAAGGGAAGAGGAGAGAGGGGGGCUCGAGGAGGGGGGGGCGGCGGGGUUCAGAGAAAGAGGCGGGGUCACGUAGAGAGAGCCCGACCUCUGAGUCAGAGGAGGAGAAUGUCAGCAGAGGACAGAGGGCCCAGAGGAUGAGGGACAAAGUACGCUCUCAGAGUUUACCUAGAGAGGCCCUCAGAAACCUCCACAAGGAGGACACAGAGCAGGAAGCAGAUGAGGAGGAGGAGAGAGGGAGGAAGGAGAGCAGAAAGACAGACAGGAAAAGGAAAAGCAAGAGUGAAGACAGAGUUGGUAAGAUUGAGCCCGAAAAGAAAAGAGAGGAUGAGGAGGAUGAGGUGGAGGAGGUGAUGGAAGAGGAACAACCUGAUGCCAUUUUACCCAUCCCUUACCAAAGACUGCCCAAACCCAAACUAGACUGGGAGGAAAGUGAGGAGGAUUUGAAUGAGGAACAGAGUGAAUGGGAGACGAGAAGAGAGAGGGUAUGGGAGUAUGAAAUGAUGAGAGAGAGUGAUCUGGAUGGUGAAAGGGGAGAGGAGAGAGAGAUGGACAGGGAUCGACUGAGGAGAGAGGAGGACGAGACGAGCGAGUGGGAGGAGAGGGCCCAGCCUGGUCUGGUCUCUCCUGGUCCUGUGUUGAGUCCUAGGCUACAAAGAGAGCCCUUCUCAUUCCUCACGUCCACACAGCUGGAGAGCGCCGAGUCGGAGUCCGGAGACAGCCUCUCCGAUGGCAGCGUGUCUGCUGCCAGUGUGUCGGGCCUCUCCCUGGCCCCGGCCGGGGGGGCCAGGCUGCUCCCUGGUCCCUGGCUCCCUCCCAGAUCCCCCAGCAUGGCCCAGCUCAGACAGGAGAGGAGGCUGGCUGGCGGAGGAAGAGGAAGAGGAGUUUCGUGACUGUCUCAGAAGCUAUAGAAAACCUUAUCGGAUCAUUACAUCACACCCUGAGUCAGAAUCAAACCAAUACCUCUCUCUCCUGUUUGAAAACUACACAUUGACUCAGUUUAGUUUUCUGCCACUCUUUUGAUAUGUAGUUUAAAUAUUCUUUGUGCCUUUUGCCAGCUGUUUUCUGGAUGAUGUUAGUCAAUGUUCACUGUGUCCAUUUGUAAAUAGUUUGGGUGACCAGCAUACUGUACAGGUACAUUGAACAGGAACGAGCAACAAUCAUUUAGUCACAUUGUUCCUCUUAUCCUCUCUUCAUGGAAGCUUUCUGUCCAUUCUCUUCCAGGAUGUGAGAUACAUUCUAAUGUAGUUUAAGGGGCAUUGGAAGAAGAUUUGAAUUUGUUGUUGAGGAUACCUUCCUGCUUUCAGCCACAUCCAGUCGCUCUUCCUCUAGGUCCCCACUCUCUCUAUGGUGGCAGAGGCUACUGUACCUACUGUUGGUGCUCUAGAACCUUCUACUAUACAUAGACAGAAUCUUCAUUUACUCAUACCUCAUGAACCGAGCAAUACAAUGCUCAGGUGGAUUGGUGGUGCUCUGUUGUUAUUAUCUCAUGUGGACACACAGAAAAUCUCUACAAUGUUCCAUGUAUCUGGUUAUUAGAUUGUGAUGGGUCGAAGAGCAUAUAAAACUUUGUCAGCAAUUGUGUGAAAUCUAUAUCCUGUAAAAACAAAAUAUUUUUUAUGAAAAUAAAUUACGAAAACAACUGCUAAAAUACAAUAUUUAUUGGAGCCCUAAUUUAUAUGCUGGCACUGUUAAAUUAAGAUACAUUUGAUAUGAAUACUAAUGAUACCUGUUAAUAAUAAUACAAUGUUUGACUGGCCGUAGGCUGUAGUGAAAUUAGGAUGUAUAACAAUGUAUUAGACUGAUAAACAAAUACUGCAAUAGUGACUGUGGUUAAUACACUCACAUUACAGUACAAUGUGGAGCAAUUGAUUUGGUUUAUGUGUAUGUGUGACAUCCAACAUGAACAUCUCAUAUAUGAACCAGUAUUAUUUACUUGAAGAACAUUCUGUGGCCACUGUUUAGCCAGAGAUGUGCCCCUCUGGUGCAAUGCACAGUUGCCUUGGUAACACAAACCACAUUGUUUCAAUCUCUGAACCAUUUCAAUUUAAAAGCUGAAUCUUGAAGCUCGGAAAUUAUGUAAUUUACAACUCCAAAGUGGGCCAUUUAGUCUGUUCACAGUCACUUAUUACUCAAUUACAUUGACAUCUGGCCAGUUGAGGGUAGAGGUGAAGAGAUGGUAUUUUUCUACAGAAGUUACUUUUUAAUCCUCAGGUUUUUUAGAUAAACAUUUAUGGAUUCAUUGAUACAGAGAUAUAAAGAUGAAGAAAGAUACUUUUUUAACACACUGUUAUUCAAGUAACAAACAUUGUGAUGAGAACCUAGUUUACAGUAUAUCUCUAUGGAAGCACUUGGUGUUUGAUAGAAUCCUCUGUAGCUACAGACUGUCUACAUAUUAACAUAUAUAAUUCCAUAUAUUCUCUGCUCUAGUGGGCAGAGAAUACAGAGUUAUUAUUACAGCGGCCAAAACUGAGUUGUAAUAUGUGGAAAUAAAUUGCUGGUUGUCACAGCCACUACCUGUCACCGUCUUGCAGGGGGAGCUCAUUAUAGUAACUCUACCCACAGAGUUUGCCAUUAAAACCAUCAACAUCUGACAACCUGACCAAACCAGUACAGUCUGGCUUGGGUAAAUAUCAAGACUGUUAUUUCAUUUGGUUAUAUUAACGUGUUUCUUUACUCUUAAUGAGAAUAAGCCUAUACAUUGUUACAAUUAUCAAUAAACAACAAAUACAUUAUUUAAA